CGCCUACGGGAGAGGACACGCCCAUCGCCGAGCAACCCGUGGGCUUUCCGACCGGAAGAGGAGGUUGUAGUUACCAAGGCGACGCCACGCCGCCGGACCAGUUGCAGGCCGGAAGUUCCCAGUGCCACCUCUGCGAUGUCCUCCAAGGCUCAAAAGACAAGACUCCCUGGUUUUAUAAGAAAGGGACCGCUGGAGUUUCCAUCCCCAACGGAGAAGGACUGGCCUAAGGAUGAUGAGAAGGACUAUACCUUCCUUGACCCAGAAAGGGGCCUGGAUUCCCUGCCGCAGCCUUACCGGAUGAUCAACAAGGUAGUGAACUCCCUGUUUGAGCAGACAUGGGAAGUUAUUGAAGAGAGAGAGGCCGUGAGGGAAGCGGAACUCAACCGGGUCAGGCCCACCGUGUACUCCUCGACAGAGGAAAUCCAGCUCAAUAGAAUGUCCACUUGUAUGGCUAUUUCCCAAGACUAUCUGUUCAUCGGCGGAACAAGGGGCUUCUCCAUCUACCACCUGUCCAGCACUAAACGAAUAUACAUCUGGGAGAAACUUAAGGUUGAUGUCACUGCCAUCUGGGCUGCAGAUCUAGGGAAUGAAAUACUUAUUACUCCAGUGGAUGAAAUGGGUGUGGUCAGACUGUUUUACUUUUAUAAGGACACCCUUUUCCUCAUCAAAGCCAUCAAUGAAGCAGAGGACAGCAGCAAGCAGAGCACCUGUGUCCAAGUGGAGAUCUCCAAAGGCGGGGACUUUGCCGCUUUCCUCCUGCAAGGGUCUGGAGAAGUUUGGCUGGACGUGCACAGACUGCCCAAGGACACGUGGAUAAAGGAGGUGGAGCACCCGCAGCUCAGCCUGAACUCAAGGAGAAAAGUCAAACCCUUGAACGCUCUCGACAGUGUUCCUUCAGAAAUUUUAGAAACAGUGGAUGUGAGUAUCUGCUUCCGAGGUGACGUGAAGCUGAGCCAGCCAUCCUUCCUGAUGAAGAUCAAGCCGCCCAAGCCCGUGUCAGGCACCACAUUUAAAAGCCCCCUAGAAGUGUUUAGCAAAAUGGAAGACUGGUGCGGGCUGGGCUCGGGACAGAACCAUUUCAUCCGGGAGAGCCAGUGGGAGCAGCACGCAGACAUCUUCUACUCUUCCUACAAGAAGUACCUGGACUGGGACCCGGAGGAGGAGCUGCUCAGCAUGGCCACGUUCCACUUCCUGCUCCCCAGCUGCAUCACACUGAUGCCCGGAGAAGCCAAGGGCCCCCUGGGAGCGGCCUCCGUCCUCUGCGUGCACUGGACUGGCAGCCACAACCUCUUCCUCUACUCCCUGAACAGAGUGAUGAAGGACCCUGAGGGUGUGUGGCCCAGUGCUGCGCCCAUCACCAUGUCCCAGCUCAGCCCUUCUUGCUCCCACCUGGUGCUGGCCUGCGAGGACGGCGUGCUCACACUCUGGGACCUGUCUGAAGGAUUCCCCCUGGGGGUUGUGGCACUUCCGGAGGAAAGUCUGUGUGAAAGCAUUCACUUCCUGAGGUACUUCGUGGUCCACAAAGGGCAGAACCUGUUCCCCGAGGACGUGGUGAAGUCGUGCAUGAAGUGCGUGGUGCUCUGCACCGACAGCUCCCUACACCUGGUGACGGCCGGAGGGGCGCAGGGCCCCAGCAUCAGCGAGCUCCUGAGCAGGCCUGAGAAGCACCCAGAAGAAGCACCCUGUGCAGUGGCCCCCGUCCCAGCCCUGCCUGGCAUGGUGCUGCUGUUCACCAAGAGCGGCACUGUGAACCUCAUGGAUGUGGGCAAGGCCCAGAUCCUCUGCGCCUUCGCGCUCCCCGCGCACCACGAGCUGGCCUCCCCCUGGGAGCCCAUGUUUGUUGUGUCCUCGCACCACCCGUAUUUCCUGCUCCACGGAGGCUACCCGAGUGGACACACCAAAUCCACAGAUGACAGCAAGGACGUCGCCAAUUCCAUCUUCUGCUUUCAUUUUGAGGCCUAUCCACCCCUGGAAGACAUCUGCAAAAACCACACCAUCUCCCAAAAGGACCUGGCCGACAGCAAGGACUUCCCCCAGGUGCAGCCUCUGGAGAGAAUCUGUGAGCACCUGCUCCAGAGCAGCUUCCAGAAGCAGAAGGCCCAGGGCCAGUGGGGCCGGCUGCGAAGGCUCUCCCUGAUUCUCCAGAGAGAGAACCUGAAGAGGUGACACCACGUUGGGGCCUCAGCAGCCCGGGAGGGGACAGGACACCACCACGGACGGAGACGGGGACACCACAGAGACAGCAUGCUGCAGCAGAGUACUCAAGGCCCUGGACUUGCAGCCUGUGGCCUCCAGGACCAGCUACCUCCACACACA